AUGUCGCAGCGCUACGAUCUGGUCGUAUUCGGAGCAACCGGCUACACCGGCCAGCUGGUGUGCAAAUACCUCCUCGCACACCCCGCCAAGCCUACCUGGGCUGUCGCUGGACGUUCGGCGUCUCGACUCUCCUCUCUCAAGUCCAACCUUUCCCUCCCCGAUAGCGUUGGGGUCAUCGAAGCCGAAACAUCUUCGUACAAGUCUCUCACAUCGAUGACGUCCAAGGCCAAAGUCCUCAUCAACAUCGUCGGUCCUUAUCGACCUUUCAAAGCCAUCGAAGUCGUCCGGGCUUGCGUCGAAACCGAAACCCACUACGUCGACCUCAGCGGCGAAACCGGCUUCAACAAGGACUGCAUCGACGGCUUCCACCUCCAAGCUCAAGCCAAAGGAGUCGUCAUCGCCAACAGCGUCGGAUUUGACAGCCUUCCCUUCGACCUCAGCACGUAUCUAGCCGCUCAAAAAGUCAAGCAGUUGACCGGUGGCAAGAGCGAUGUCAAGAUCGCAGAAUGCGCCUACGACCUUCCCGACUCUCUCUCUGCCGGCACCCUCGCCAGUGCCAUCAGCAUGGUCAGCGAAAAGCAGCAGAUGUUCAGCGUACGUGGCGACUGGCUCAGCCCCAUCUCCAAACCUGCCUCGCUCGUCUUCAACACCGUCAGAUACUUUGACCAGAGGCGAAAAUGGGGUGCCCAAAACACGUUUUCCAUUCACAACACCCGAAUCGUCAACCGAACCUGGGGUCUCCUGCAACACCACAAAUCCCCGCAAGCCUACGGUCAGGCUUUCAACUACAGGGAAGGCGUCAUCGUUCCCUUCAAGCUCUACGGCAUCGUCUUUAGCUACAUCAACGCCCUCUCCAUCUGGCUCCUCAUGAACGUCGCUCUCGUAAGGUCGUUCAUGAAGAAGAGCAUGCCCGCCAACUCGGGUCCCAGCGAAAAGAGUUUGGUCAACUGCAGGAUGAGACUCGAUACCGUUGCAACCGCCAACGAUGGGACAAAGGCGAUUUGCAGUAUGAGAGCCAAAGGUCACGCCGGAUACCUCUUGACCGCGAGGAUGAUCGUCGAGACCGCACUCACCAUCAUCGAUGACAAGAGCGAAACCCCCCUGGGUGGAGCCAAAGGUGGCGUUUUGACUGCGGCGCUCGUAGGUGCUGAGAGGCUCGCAGAGAGGCUGGUCGAGUUUUCCCAGUUCGAGAUCACCACCGACAAGUUUGACGGGUCCGAGGUUAAGAAGAACAAGUGA